AAUCAACUGUGUUGUUGCUCACUGCCGAGCGGCGUGCUGAGAGCAAGCAGCGGCCCGCUUCGGCGCUCGUUCAUCCCGACAACAAAGCCCGGAGAAAGCUCAUCCAGCAGCCGACGAGGCUCCGCCGCGAUGCCCUGUCGCAAGGAGAACUACAUCCUUCUGGAGCAGUCCGUCACCGUGGACUCCAAGGAGGUGGACGCGCUGGUCACGAAGAUCGGCGAAGCUCUGCAGCUGCACAACAACAGCGGCGGCCACCAGAAAACGAAGACGGUGUCCGUGUCCAUGUCCUGCCUGCACGGCGGCGGCGCCGGGAUGCCGGCGGCCCUCAUCGGCGGAGGCUCUGGGGUCGCAGCGCAGAGACGGAGCGGCUGCUGCCUGCGGCUCCGGAACCAGCGGGGACACAGGGGGAGCAGCAGGGCGAGCCCGUACAGCGUCCCCGGCUCCAACGGCGACCAGGACUGGGACCAAAUCAAACCGUGGAACAAGAAACGGAUGAGCGUGGAGCCGGACGACCCGCACCGGCUGCUGCAGGAGCUCAUUCUGUCGGGGAACCUCAUCAAGGAGGCCGUAAGGAGGCUGCAGUUCUCCGCCGCGGACUGUGGAGACAAUGUGCCGUGUUCGUAACGGACCGGGCGGGCGGUGACCGCCUCACAUACACUGAACUGAUGACUGUGUUUUGGAUUUUCGUCCAUUUUUUGUCUGAGACGUUUGUGACCGGCUAGCAGUUAGCACGCUAACCCGCUACCCUUCCGGCUAACUCCUUGAGCCGCGUUGUGUGUUUGAACGUCGCCUUGUGAAUCAGACGUUCCAGAACCUUUUCAACAGUUCGAAUGGGGAUUUUUCACAUUUUUAGGAAUUGUUAACAUGUAAAUGCACGUCACGCAGACUGAGUGUGAGUCUGCGAAGGCUGUGAACAAUGGGUUAGGUUGGGUCCCAAAGAGCAGCGUGUGAAGCUCUGCGUCGAGGAAGGUGUUGCUGUGGGGGAGGGGGCGGCGGUUCGCUGGGUGCCUCCCGGCGUGUUGUCCUGUAACUGGCCUGGUCCCGUCGAACAAAGCGUGGGUGAGCCAGGCUGGUCCCGGACACGUGUAGAGGAUGUGGGGCUGCUAUGGGGAGGGAGGGAUGACGUCACAUGACAACACUUUGUGGUGCUUUCACCUCUUUGGAAUUCCCACGCGGAGUUCUGCUUGUUCUUUGUUUCUGGUCUGUGUAAAGGAAAAUCACCACGACUGCUUCGUAACGAAGCAUCUGAUAAUGUUCCUGAGUUUUCAGGCUUUUUUGUUGUCUUAAUAAACACGUUUCUGUAAA